AGACAACACCAUGUGUUACCACUGCGAGGGGACAUCGCGGGAAUGCAUGACGGGAAAUGGCCUAGGGGGACAUGCCAUCAGGUGCCAAGAGCAAGAAGCAUGCUGGGUGGAACGAAUCGGAGAGGAUUUCAACGUGUCGUACAAACGGAGCUGCAAGCCUUCGUGCACCGACUACUGGAAGUACGAGACCUGCAUGACAGCCGACAGGCAAGCAAAGAUGUGCAAACUGUGCUGCACGGACGAUCGGUGUAACACCCACAUCCUGACGGGCCACAACGACCCUCGGGCCCCCGUCCGAAGUGGCAACAGUGGUGCCGAGGGGAUAUUGGCGUCCCUCGGGCUUAUGUCCAUCCUCGCUCUCGCAAUGUGUGCGGAUAUUCUCUCACUUAUUACUUAGAAUGCACCCCCUCCCCCUAAAAUUUAGCUGAUAAAGAUGUUGUAGUAUGAAGACAAAGCAGAGUUUUGACAACCUCUCAUAUAAAAUGUUUGGAGGUUGGGUUAGACAUACAAUUGCACGAAAUUGUACUACAAAAACGUCAGCACAUAUGUAAAGCAAGCUCAUUAGCAAAGUCCCACCAAAGGCCUUGACGAUAUGAUGUGAAGAGGCUCUGCUAAACCGGACGGAGGUUUCCAAUUUUGUGGGCGUGGCCCCUAUUACCAGCUGUCAAUCAAUCAGAGAAUUGCCUAAAUGUGUAAAGUGGAAAACUCGGUUAAACAGAGCCUUCCCUCUGUACAGGCCUUCGGGGAAUGUUAGUAAAGAUAUUAAACAUAAGGAAUUUAACUGUUUCGCACGACUAAAAGUUGCUUUGUGAGA